GGUUGUAAAAUCAGUCUAUAAUAAGACUGUCGUUUGUUGUGUUCACUCGUGUUGUGUUUUGAAGGAUACAUUUAUGGAUAUCAAAUUAGGCCAUAUAAACACCGCAGUGGAAUCAGAUCAUGUAGACCCUUCAAAACCACCUCCUCAACCCCCACCAGAUGGGGGUAAAUAUAGCCUGCAGUCACAGAAACAAACAUACGACUUUGUUGCUCAUAGGCCCACGAGGAAACGUAAUAAUUUACUAGAAGCGACAGGCCACUUAAUAAAAGGAUGUUUGGGUGGUGGUAUAAUGGGUAUUCACGAAGCAUUCAUGAAGAGUGGUCUGUGGACGUCUUUGGUCAUGACUGUCGUCUUUGGCUUCUAUAUCUCUUAUUGUUUACAUUUACUAGUAAAUUCAGCGCAAAUAUUAUACACAAGGGUGCAGGUACCUGAAAUGUCUUACCCGGACGUGGCAGAAGCAUCUCUACGAGUAGGACCUUUUCCAAAAUUAAGGAAAUAUAGCAAAUGGUUCAGAUACGCAGUGGACCUCACCAUUUGCAUAGACCUUUUCGGCGCCUGCUGUGUUUACCAAAUAAUAAUAGCUAAAACUCUUAGAGAAAUUAUAGAAAACAACCAAGAUUUAGACUUGAAUAGUCUUAGAUUGUACAUAUUAGCACUGUUGAUACCAAUUUUGUUAUUGUGUAUGAUAACCACGUUGAAAUAUUUGGCGCCAUUUUCUUUGGUUGCUGACGUUUUUAUUGUUGUCUGCGUAGCUGCAACAGUAGUAUAUGGUCUAAGAUCAGCUCCACCCAUAUCAACAGUACCAGCUUGGAAAGACGCCGUGGGCUUCUUUGAAUUUUGCGGAAUUGUCGUCUUUAGCAUGGAAGGAAUAGGAGUCAUAUUGCCCAUUGAGAACAAUAUGGAAAGUCCCAAGAAAUCCCCAAUUGUUAUUGGAUUGGGGAUGACUAUUGUUCUUAUAUUCCUUGUAAUGGUUGGAUUUUUUGGUUAUUGGGGAUUUGGAGAGAAAUCUGUUUCACCCGUGACAUUGAAUUUCCCUGGUGAUACAUUCCCAACAAUCUUGAAAGCUCUAAUGGGUCUAAUGAUCUUCGUCACCUUUGCCCUUAAUUUCUGGGCUCCGUUCAACCUGGUCUGGCAUUAUGUCUCCAAGAAACAUGAUCCAAAGAAACACUGGAUAUAUGAGAGGAUCUAUAGAGGAUCCUCUGUUAUUAUAAUAACUGCUGUUGCGAUUGCGUUUCCUAAUAUUGGCAACUUGAUGGGACUGCUUGGAGCCUUCUGUUUAUCACUUAUGGGUUUCAUUUUCCCAGCAAUAAUCGAUCUCUUGGUUGUAUGGGAAAACCCUGGUCUUGGAAAAUGGAGAUGGCGACUUUGGAAAAAUGUUUUAAUUAUACUCGUAGGCAUUCUUCUAUUAAUUGCUGGCACUUACUCUAAUGUUAAGGGAUUAAUAAAAAAUAUGUAG